CUCCACUACCAGGCAGGAGUCCCCGGCAGCACACAGCACACAGCACGGCACGGCACGGCACGCAAUAACACUUGACAGCUGCGACUGACUCACAACCAGAGGGGGGAAAAGAUGGAGCACAGAGACAGCGACUUCAACAUACUGUUAGCCACCGACUCGUACAAGGUAACACAUUACAAACAGUACCCCCCCAACACGAGUAAAGUGUACUCCUACUUCGAGUGCCGUGAGAAGAGGACCGAUCCCACCAAAAGCAGAAAAGUCAAAUAUGACAAGACCGUGUUCUACGGCCUGCAGUACAUCCUCCACAAAUACCUAAAAGGAAAGGUAGUGACCCCGGAGAAGAUCCAGGAGGCGACGGAGGUUUACAGAGAACACUUCCAGGAUGAUGUUUUCAACGUGAAAGGGUGGAAUUACAUUUUGGAGAAAUACAAUGGACACCUGCCUAUUGAAAUCAAGGCAGUGCCAGAGGGGAGUGUCAUUCCUCGAGGCAAUGUUCUGUUCACCGUGGAGAGCACAGACCCCGAAUGCUACUGGCUCACCAACUGGGUGGAGACCAUUCUAGUUCAGACCUGGUACCCCAUCACUGUGGCUACCAACUCCAGGGAGCAGAAGAAGAUCCUCGCCAAGUACCUCUUGGAGACCUCUGGGAACUUGGAGGGACUAGCAUACAAACUACAUGACUUCGGCUACAGGGGCGUCUCCUCACAAGAGACUGCAGGCAUCGGGGCCUCCGCCCAUCUGGUCAACUUCAAGGGCACAGACACGGUUGCCGGCAUCGGAGUCAUUAAGAAGUAUUACGGCACCAAGGACCCUGUGCCAGGCUUCUCAGUGCCUGCUGCAGAGCACAGUACUAUCACAGCGUGGGGGAAGGACCACGAGAAAGAUGCCUUUGAGCACAUCAUCAAGCAGUUUCCCAACGUGCCAGUAUCCAUCGUCAGCGACAGCUACGACAUCUACAACGCCUGUGAGAAGAUCUGGGGAGAAGACCUCCGGUCGCUGAUCGAGGCGCGCAGUGCAGACGCCCCGCUGGUUGUCCGGCCAGACUCAGGAAACCCGCUUGAUACGGUCUUGAAGGUUUUGGAGAUCCUGGGUAAGAAGUUUAUUCCAGUGGAGAACUCCAAAGGUUUUAAGGUUCUCCCUCCCUACAUCAGAGUCAUACAAGGAGACGGAGUUGAUAUCAACACACUGCAAGAGAUAGUGGAGGGGAUGAAGCAGCACAGGUGGUCCAUUGAGAACAUUUCUUUCGGGUCCGGAGGGGCUCUUCUGCAGAAACUGACCAGAGAUCUUCUCAACUGCUCCUUCAAAUGUAGCUAUGUGGUCACUAACGGACUGGGGGUGAAUGUGUUCAAGGACCCAGUGGCAGACCCCAACAAGAGGUCAAAGAAAGGUCGCCUGUCUCUGCACCGGACGCAAAGUGGCGACUUUGUCACCCUGGAGGAGGGCAAGGGCGACCUGGAGGAGUAUGGCGUGGAUCUGCUGCACACCGUCUUUCUUAACGGGAAGAUUGUGAAGACGUACACAUUUGACGAAGUCAGAGACAAUGCUAAGCUCAUUGAGAGUGAGCUUUAAGUAGUGCUGCAGUGAGCGCAGCACUACUAAACCCCCACCUCCCACCCUAACCUCCCAAAACCCAAAACAAACCCCCUUCCCACCACCCUUCACCUUUUUGGCCUCCAAUGCCCCACCCCCAGAAAAGGGAGAUGGCGUGCACUGCUAAUAGAGCCCACUCCCAAAGCUUAAGAACCCCCCCCCCAAAAAAAAAACGUUCCUUUAAAAACCCGAGACUCCCCUAAAUUCAUGGAUCUUCAACCUCAAAUUCCAAAUUGCAGUUGUUGGAUCUCCAACAAGGUGGGGGGGGGGGGAUUUUGAAACUCACACAGCACUGAUGAAAGGCGAACACCCUACAAGUGUGAGGAGGGGGGAGAGAAAAUGUGUGAGAGGUCGAGUAAGCGAGUGAAAUGGCUAGCAUGUAGUGGGAUAGAAGUUGCAAAUAUGAUGAUAAACUGUGCGUUCACUCCCAUGUGCCACCGCUCCAAAUAGAACUUCGGCAUGCUGCACUGACGGGCUAGACAUAUUGUAAUGUAAGAAUGCGAUCGGCAACGUGUCUGCAGACUUUUUCCAAUGCCGACGCAGAAGCACAAUAAGACGAUUGUGAAUGAGCUGCUGGAGGCUGGCUGCAUGCGGAGUGAACCCACGGUGAGUCAAAGUGAGAAAGAUGACGACAGAGAAAAGAUGAAGCCACACCCACACCACUGACCGCGCCCCGUGUAUUGUGUAUAGAACUGUUUAAAAAAAAAACUAAAAAAAAAGAGAAUAAUACAUUUCUGAAUCUACUUAGCUUUGUCUCUUAUGUGAAGGAUGAAAAUGAUGAUCAUGGUAAUAUAACGCUGCACCGAUAACGUCGACUUAUAGGAGCCGAUAUGAUGCUUCUAUUUGGAAACAGAGGAUCCUGAACACUUAAGAUGGAAAUUAUGGAGGAUGAAGGAAAUUAUUAUCCCCAAUGUUCUGGCUUUUAAUCAGAGGUUAGGGCCCAAAUUAUAAAAAGGCCAACAUCUAAGUACUUUAUGAUUAUUUUGUACUGUUACUCUGCCAAAUAAAAUAUUAUGAGUGCAUCUCUGAAGGUAUAUUAAUGGUCAUCGACUUGUCAUUAUGUUGGCCACAGAGCAUUCACAUCAUGAAGGUCCAAUCAUACCACAAAGUCUGGUCACGUGGUCUGGUCGAAGUCUGGUCCCAUUCUUCAAGUUAUUAGUUUUUAAUGUAUUUUUGAUUUUCAGAUAGGUUUGUUACGUGUUAGGUAAUGUGUAUUGCUCCAGCAUUUGUUAAAAUAAUGAAUGAGGGGGAAAAAAAUUCAAUUUUCCAUCAACGAUUUGAGAGUUAUCAAAGCCCUUAUCUUUACAAAGUUCCAAAAGUUUCUGAUUGGGUCUUCACGAUGGCGAAUGCUCUGGAAACCAGUCAAUGCUGUACAAGACCAAGAGUUGAUGUAAUAAAAAAAAAAAGAGAAGAAUACAUCACCCACAUUAUUUUAACUGGAAUGAAGAUGAUUUAACUGUGUUUAGGAAAGAUUCUGUGGCUCCUGAAAUGUAUGUUAAAUGUUGGUUCUGCUGUAUGUGUGCUUGGAUCUGUGUUGUUUGUUUGUUUGUUUGUGUGUGCGUGUGCAGAGAUUUUUUCUUCCUUAAAAGGAUUGUGUAGUAUUCCUUUAUGCAAAUAUACUUGUUGAUAGGUGGAAUAGAGAACACUUCCUUUUACUUUACUGGCCUUUGAUUCUGAAAGGUGACACAGAGUUGUGACAAACAUGAGGCGAUACAGUAGUGAGUGAUUUUUAAAAAAAGCAACCAAGAGGUGGGCAAAAUUGAGAUUCGGGAUCAGGAAUCACUUUCUGACAGCAGAGUACCAUCCAUGCUCUGGCAUAGUUGCUGAUCAGCAAAACGUUGCCCUCGGUAUCACUGCCUUAACUCGUGAAAAGCAGCUUUGUUUCUAGAAAAGUCUAAAUGUGCCCAGUGAUGUUCGAUUUUAUUGCCCGGGUAUAAACGGGAACUUGCUGAUAAUACCUUUUUGGAGUUGAUUAUCUUCCAAUGAGAGCGUCUCAGUGGAGUGUCACUCCUGUUUGACGGUUUGUUUAGUCACAUUGCUGAGUUUGCCCUUUCAGAUUUGGGGGAUUAUUCUGUUGCAGAGCUAUGAGGGAUUUAAGAGUUGCUGGGAGCCGGUGACAUCACAGGAAACCGAUUGUUUAAACCAGAAACUAAAUAUUUGACAUAUUUUUUUUGUCAGACUGCAAAGUUGGCCGUGUCCCUCUGACCUAUCUAAAUUCGAAUGUGUCUCCAUUUCUGGUUUAUGACUGAAUAUCUGUUAAAUUAACAAAAGUUUGUGUGUUUAGUGCUAAUUAGCAAAUGCUAGCAUGCUAACAUGCUAAAGUAAGAUGAAGAACACUGUAAAUCGCAUACCUGCUGAACAACAGCAUUGUUAUUGUGAGCACGUUAGCAUGCUAACGUUAGCAUGUAGCUCAGAGCAUAGUCUCACAGAGCUGCUAGCAUAACUGUCGAGUGUCUUGCUGAAACCUUUAAAAAAAAAACCUCCAGUUUAAUAGUUUAUUCACUGCCUGCACACUCCUUUCAGACAUUCGGCCUCUUCACCUUCAAAGCUUCACAUAUUCUAACCUUGAAGGAUGCUACCAGAGUGUGCUAAGUGUUUGCCCCAGGGCCGUCAGACCCUGUGGGGAGACUUUAUUCACUCCCCCCCCCCAUGGACACUGACCUUGAAGAUACCUGUGAUCUCACUGACCCCCAUUACUCUCCUCUGGCCCAGACCAACAUGCUCGAACACAGACAAGCUGGUAAACAACACAGCUAGUCGUGUGCUAAAACAGUUUUUUUUUUUUUUCCCUACAUUUAAUUUUUUUGUUCAACUGUCAUCAUUUGUCAAAUAAUUUGUUAUUCAAUUCUAAAGUAACCACACAACUAUACAGUUCUUUUAUUUCCAAUUAUAGGGUGCAUUUUUAGUGAAACUCUUGAUUUUACUAUUUUGAUACUGUCUCGGCUCUUACCUCAGAGAAAAUAUUAUUUUGUAUGACAAAGGAGAAAAAAAAGAAAGCCAGAAAUAUUGCAGUAAAUAUCCUUAUUUACGAACAAUGUGUCCAUACUGCCUUCUCACUUGUACAUACAAGGACUAGUUUGAAUGGAAGCAGCGAGGCAGGUUAGGAAGACGACCACAGUAGAUAAUAAUGUUAUUAUUUUUGUCAAAACAACCAUUUUUUUUUGUACAAACAGAAGUAUAUCCAAACCUGCUUGACUGAACUGGCAGUGUGACUGUCAAGCUUUUAGCUUCUGUUUGUGUGUGUGUGUGUACCUGUGUGUGAAUGUCUUGUUUGUUAAGAAUGAAAAAACUGUUUGUGAAUACUUAUUAUUAUUUUUUUCCUUUAUGUUCUACGCGUAUGUAUAUGUUGGUUGUCCCAAAUUCUCUCCCAACACAACUGAUAUUUUAAACAUAACUUGCUAUAUUGUCAACAUUACAUCGAUUAAAGAUGCCACCCUGUCAAUUUGGAA